GAGGAUAAAAUGUGCAGCUGGGAAGCGAGCGAACCUAAUGGGCAGGUGUACUGUGGAUGACAGGGUCACACGAGUGGCUUGGCUGAACCGUAGCACCAUUCUUUAUGCCGGGAAUGAUAAGUGGUCAAUAGAUGACCGAGUGGUGAUCCUGACAAACACCAAAACGCAGUACAGCAUCAGGAUACAUAAUGUGGACAUAUAUGAUGAAGGCCCUUAUACCUGCUCUGUACAAACAGACAAUCAUCCAAAGACAUCACGGGUUCAUCUCAUCGUGCAAGUUCCUCCUCAGAUUAUAAACAUCACAUCAGACAUCACUGUCAAUGAAGGCAGCAGCGUAACCCUCUUGUGCUUGGCCUUUGGAAGACCGGAACCGACAGUGACAUGGAAGCAUCUGUCUGGCAAAGGCCAGGGAUUUAUAAGUGAUGAUGAGUAUCUGGAGAUCACAGGGAUCACCAGGGACCAAUCUGGAGAAUACGAAUGCACCGCAGUCAAUGAUGUAGCAGCCCCUGACAUCCGGAGAGUAAAAGUCACUGUAAAUUAUCCACCUUCCAUCUCCAAUCCCAAGAAUACUGGAGCCUCAGUAGGCCAGAAAGGGAUCCUCCGCUGUGAAGCUUCAGCUGUCCCGGUAGCAGAGUUCCAGUGGUUUAAAGAAGAUACCAGAUUAGCCAAUGGGCUGGAUGGUGUGAGAAUCGAGAACAAAGGUCGAAUGUCCACGCUAACCUUCUUCAAUGUCUCAGAGAAGGAUUACGGCAACUAUACCUGUGUGGCUAUCAACAAGCUGGGGAACACCAAUGCCAGUAUAAUCCUUUACGAAAUAAGUGAACCUCCAGCACUGGCAGGCCCAGGAGCAGUACACGAUGGCAACAGUGCAGCUUCCAGAGCGAUGGCCUGCGUCUGGCUAUCAGGCGCCCUCUUGGCUUAUUUCCUCCUCAAGUUUUGAUAAGAAAAGUGAGGGUCCUUGCAGACGAUGCCUGGCUUCUCCCACACCACAGACUUUUAACCAUCCAUCCUGCUGGGGCAAGGGGGGAGGGGGGCAACCAACGAACAAACCAACAGCCUGCAGCUUGAAAAUACUGCCGGGAGGGCAAAGGGUGGGGGAGGGAAACGGGGAUCAAAAGUCAACCCACCCAUUAGGAACAAAUGGUCAAUCAUGGGCAUUUCCCAAAGCAGAAUCGAUUUUAAUUUCCUUCCUUCACCCUAACCCCCCACCCCAGCCCCACUUGUCAAAAAUACCGUAUUUAUAAAUGUCAGCCUCUCAUUUCUACUGUCAAGCAUUUCUUGGGUGAGACAGUCACAAGAUCCCAGGAGAAGGUGGAGGAGGAAGACGUGUCUUGGUCAGAGAGAGAACGCACAACAGGAAUAUAAGAGCAAGGUUUUUUUU